AUGGAAAUUAUCAAAUCUUUACAUGGCAAGUUCCGCAAGCUUCUAAAACACAAAGAAGGAGCUUAUGUUUUGGAGGAUAUGUUUGUGUUAUAUGCAACAUCCGAGCAACAGAGGAGUAUUCUUCGUGAAUUUUGGGGAGCGCAGUUCGCAUUUUUCAAUGAAGGAAAUGAAAACGUCAGCAUCGAGGAAGCGUGCGCAAAAUCACCAGAACAACGCCGCAUUAUCAUGAGAAAUCUAGCAGAAACGAUUAAGGGAUCUGUCGAAAAGGGAUCUACAGGGUUUCAGGUGCUUCAUGCAGUGAUGAAGGAAUAUGUAGAAGUAUUUGAAGGGGAAGAAGUGCGCGAUUUCAUAGAUUUGGUGAAAGAUCAAGUUGCAGAAAUGGUUCACACCCAGCAGGGCUCUUAUGUGGCUUGCUCUGUGAUGGCUAAGGCAGAUCCAAAGGAAAGAAAAGCAAUUUUGAAAGGACUGAAGCCGUUUUUUGUACAAAUGGCUAAAAAUGAAUACGGACAUACAGUUUUGCAAACUAUUUUCAUGACUAUGGACGAUACUAGAUUUGUCAAACGUUCAUUUUACAAAGAAUUUUCGGAGAAUGUUGGUGAAUUAGUGACCGAUAAAUACGCCAGAAGGCCAUUUUUGUACCUUUUAAAUGGUCUUGACAAAUCAUUCUUUUCGCCAAAAGCAAUAAAGGAGCUGGAAAUAUACGUUAAGUUUUCAAAGGAAACAUCGAAGAAGCCCCAGGAGAAAAGAAGAACCGAGAUACUUAAUUACUUUCUUCCUGCAUUCUACAAGUAUUUUGAGGAACAUCCAUAUGAACUUUUGAGUGAGAACAUGGGUUCCCAGUUUGUUCUUGAAGUACUUAUGAAUAAUGAUGAUCUGCAGGAUGACUUUUCAAAGGAUAGAGCAAAAGCAUUGAAUAUAACAAUAGACUGUGUCAGAGGUGACUUGACAAAGGAGGAACACUUAAUUCAUAAGAAAUAUACAGAAAGAUUACUUAAAACCCUUGUUCAAGGUGGAAAAUGGAACAGGGAUACUAAAUCUGUGCAGACAAUCGAUGGAUUGGGAAUUGGAUUUGAGUAUGCAAAGAAUAUUACGGAAGAGCUUUUCCUUUAUGGAAGCAAUCUAGACUCAUUGAAGAUGUGGAUUGCCAACAGUGGAAGUGCAUUUGUUCUUGUCGGUUUGGUUGAUUCAUUUAAACAUCAUAAGGAAGAUAAAAAUGUCACAAAGUUUUUAGAUACGCUGGAGGACCUUAGCACAUUUAUUCAAGAACAGGAUGAAAAUAAUAAGGCAAAGGCUGUAACUGGCAAAAGAAAAUUGUCACAGCCAAACUAUUCAUUCAAAAGAGUCAGAUCUUUAGAAUCUGCAAGUGUUGUUAGCGUUUCGACAGUCAAUAAGAUGAACAUGAAGAAUACACCUUUAGAAGGAUUAAAAAAAGGUGAAUUACCACAAAAUAUAGACACAUUAGCAUCCACUUUAUCAGCUGAACAUGAAAUAAACUCUAGAUAUGCUAACGUCUCAAGUUCUGAGGUGAAUACCAUGAAAACAAUUAUAGGAUCUGGUCAUAUAACUGACAAAAAUGUUUCCCAUUUUCCACAGAAAAUAGGGGAUUCAUUAUUACGUCUUCUGGAUCUCCUUGGUACAACUACAAAAAAUAGAGAAAAUUUAUUGAAAAUGGUAUUCAUUUCGGCAAUACAACUACUUCCAUCCAGAAGAGUAGCUACUUGCUUAAAGAAUUAUUUUUUGCAGUACGUUGAUUACAUCUAUCAUUCUUUGCAUUAUACGACAUUCAAUGAGCAAUUUGAAGAGUUCUUCGACGGUUUGGAGACAAAGAAUUACGCUCAUAUAGAUGUUUUAUGGUUGUCAUUGCUAUUUCUAAUUCUUUCAGCUGCCCUGAUUCACCUACCAAAAGAUUUUGCGCUAAAGAAAGAAGAGUUGUUUGGAUUUCAAGAUAUGGAGAAGGUCAAAAAUAUGGUCGAAACAUGGUCGAGCUUAUCAAUAAAACUUUUUUAUUUAGGAAGGGACGAUAAGAAACCCAGACUGCUUGAGUUGCAGAUCUUUUCUGUGUUCCAAAUUUAUGCAUAUGCCACAAAGCAGACAGAAAAGCUCUCUCUUUUUUUAUCUAUGAGUGUGAAUACAGCAUAUGCAUUAAAGUUAAAUAACGCUGAUUAUUCAUGUUCCAAUUCAUUGAGGCAGGAACUCGGAAGAAGAUUGUGGUGGGAUGUAUGUGGUUGUGACACUUUUCUUGCAUUAUGCAAAGGCCGUGUUCCAUUGAUUAGAUCAUAUCAUUCAACUGUGCCAUUCCCAAAAAAUGCGAACGAUAAAGAUAUGGGUAAGGAUUUCAUAGAAGUUUCUGACAGCAAUGUCCCCACUGAUAAUUCAUUCAAUAUUCAUCGCGCAAAAAUGAUGAAAAUCCUUAAUGGAAUAUUUGAAAUUGACGAAUUUAAUGUGAACAAUUUUGAACAAUAUACUCAUAGUGGUCAUCUUCUUGAACAGUUAACUAAAAUUGAUUCAGAACUUUGUUCAUAUUUAAAUGGCUUACCCUGGUAUUUCAAAUUAAACCAUCGUGGUAAUUUACCUGAGAUGACAAACAACAGACUUAGAUUUCAGUUUCACAUGCUGCAUAUUUGUAUCUGUGUACAUAGGAUUAGGAUCUACAGGGCAUAUUUAGAUUAUGACAUUCCAAUUGCAUGGAAUGUCUGUCUGUCGGCCGCUAGUUCUAUGCUUAAUGUUUAUAAAAAACUCAAAGAAUCCUUCCCCAUUGAUCGCAAUAUACCCAGUACCAAUGGUGAAUUAUUGUUUGCUAGCAACAGCAUUAGUCCUUACUAUAGUGCAAUGAUCCAUCAGACAUUCACCGGAUCUGUAAGCCAAACAAUGCUACUUUUGAAAUUAAUAAAGAAGAAUCAGUGCAAUAGGUAUUUUGAAGGCAAAGGAAUACAAUCAUUACUGUUCAAAGAUGUUGAAAUGUUUUUAAAGGAUCUUGGAUGCCUAAAAGUUUCUGGCAUCAACUUUCCCACACCAGUUUUAGAGCAAAGUUUCAAGGGUCUAAACAUGUUGCAUAAUCUUUGUUUUAACCUUGCACUACAGAAAUCUGAUCCAAAUAAAAAGAAUGAUCAAGAAGAUGUUAUUGAAAAUGUUUCAGAUGUAUUUGGAGGUCGGCAGAAUACUGAAGGAUAUUUGAAGAAGUUUUCUGUUGAAUACAUUAUCAAUGACGAAAAAGACAAGAAUAUUAAUGAAUCAAAAAAAAUUAUAAACCUUGCGAUAAAACAAAAAUCUCCGAUAUAUUUUGAUUAUGCAAACCAAUUCGGAACCAUGAUCUAUGAGGAUUCUAAAUUAGUGGCACAAUCGAUUGCAGCAAUUUCGAAAGGCGAAAGAAAGAAUCCAGGGCGCAAAGUAAAGAGUAAUUCAUUCGAGAGAUCUUUAGGUCAGACUUCUUCAAAUGCUUUAGAUACCACAAAUUAUGCAAUAAACGAUCAAUCCUCAAAUUCAGAAAUUACCAGCUCCGAUGGACCAUCACUUAAUAGCAUAAACGACAAUAUUCAAAAUAUAAACGCAUUACCAGUUGAUUAUGCUCUUCCUACAAAUGACUUUACAUUAUCAGAUGAUGAUCCAAUGGAAUAUAUGGAGGAAUUCUCUAAUUUAGAUUUUUUCAGGGAGUGGCUUAAUUUUAAUUGA